AUGCCUGCUAGAGAGCGUCCAAAGAAGCGUGUCCUCAAUCGUUGGAGUGACGAUUUGGACAAGAGCGUCUUGCUGUGUACCCAGUACGCGUGCGUUGAAGCUGGCCUGAAGAUCCCAUGGGCUAGGGUCGCAGCCCUCAUGGGCCCCACCUUUACCGAAGGGUCAAUCGUUCAGCAUUUGUCGAAGCUUCGUGGCCUCAUGAUCAAGGCUGAGAUGCCGGUUCCACCACCGAUCAAGCGUGGCAUGGUGACCAAAGAGCCAUCCAAGAUCUACACCAAUGCUGGCAAUAACGUCGAAGUCGAGCAAGUCGCUCCCAUGUAUCCUGAGGCCCCCAAUGUUGGCGAAGGUGAAGAGAAAGUGUCUCUCUAUGACAAGCCGAAGCGUUCUCGUAAGAAGAAGGUUCCUGCAGAAGAAGAGGAGGCGGUCAAGAAGGAAGCGAAGACAAAGGCUAAAGGGAAAGGCAAAGCCAAAGGUCGUCGUAACCACGCAAACGAUGAAGAGGACGAUAACGAACCUGUUCCAGAUCUUUACGAUUCCGACGACGAGUACCACGCCCCCAAGAAGCGUCGCAGUGGCAAGAGAAAGCCGAAGAAAGAAGCCCUUGCGGAAGCUUCUGCGGCUAUACCUGAUGAAGCCAUCCCUGCUACGGCCACUCCGAUCAAGGUACCAGUUGCAGACAAAGACGCUGAUGUCAAGCUUGAGGAAGAAGCGCUCGGGAGCCCUGCUCGUCGCACUCGCGGUAUCAAGCGUGAUUAUUCGGUCAUGGCCGCACUUUCUGAUGACGAAGCCGAAGAGGAAGUUGAAGUUGAUGAGGAAAUCCUGCAAGACAUGGACGAAGGCUUUGAAGGCGAUCAUGGAGACAUUGACGUCGAUGGUGAGAAUGCUGCAAGUGCUACCGACGAUGAUAUGGAUGAAGCUUCAAGCGAAAUGUCGACGGUCGUCCUCGGUCGCCAGGGAGCAACUUCUAGCAAUGGCUUUGACCCUCUUGCUCAACAGAAUGUGGCUGAUUUGCCCUAUGGCCAAAUCAUCUCCACCUUCGACGCUCACCCAACCACGGCCCCAUUCACGUACCUCAAUACUCCGUACACCGGAAGCUACGGUACUCAUGGUCAUGUUGGUGUUGGAAUGAUCAACCCCUAUUCGGUUCCUGAGCUCGGAUAUUCUGGUGCUGCCACAAUGAGCACAAUGCCGCAAGCAUUCCCAGCAUCGCAAUUUCCAAGCAUGAGCUUGUACAACUCCUCGGUCGAUUCCUCCCGCAACAACUCGGUCGGUGGAGACAUGAUGUUCGCAACCCUUCCUUCAAUGGCUAAUGACGAGUUCUUGACUGCGCAUACCGGCUUUGGGCAUGGCAAUACAGGAGACGUGAUGAAUGCACAAGGCAUGAUGAAUGAGGAGGACAUCAACAACAUGGCAAACGACAACUUGUUCUGGGACGCGGGUGACUAUCUCGUCGACGAUGCUUGA